AUGGCCAAUGAAAAGCCCAAGAAAGGAGUCAAGACUGAGAACAACGAUCAUAUUAAUUUGAAGGUGGCAGGGCAGGAUGGUUCUGUGGUGCAAUUUAAGAUUAAGAGGCAUACACCACUUAGUAAACUAAUGAAAGCCUAUUGUGAAGCACAGUUGGAAAUGGAGGAUGAAGAUACAAUUGAUGUGUUCCAGCAGCAGACAGGAGGUGUCUACUAAAAAGGGAACCUGCAACAACUCUACUCCAGAACUCUGUUCUUACAGACCAAGAAUACACUCUCAAUUAGAAAACUGCAAUUUGGUUCCACCACAUCCUGACUACUAUAGUAUAGUUUUCUCUAUUCUUUCAUUUACCCCUUCCCCAUUCCUUUAUUGUACAUAAAGUAUCUGGUGUAUGUGCACAA